AUGAGUAAGGCAAUGAAUAAACAUGAGCAACAAUACUGUGUUACCAGAAAAGAAUUACUGGCAGUCGUCAUGUCCCUUAAAGCAUUUCAUUCCUAUUUAUAUGGCCAAAAGGUACUUCUACGUACAGACAAUGCUGCAAUAACCUGGAUGAAAAAUCUUAAAAAUCCUACUGGGCAAACAGCUAGAUGGCUUCAGGAGAUUGAAACAUAUGACCUCACCAUCACACAUAGAGCUGGGAGAAAACACUCCAAUGCAGACGCUUUGUCCCGUAGGCCUUGUCGUUCAUGUGAACGCCAGGAGCUGAGAAAUUCUCAGAUCGACAGUGAUGACGAGGCCAGUCAUUUCACUCCAGAUAUACAAAUAUGUGCUGUCACUAGAACCAAAGAGUCCCAUGAUUCCCGGCCUGCUUGGAAUAAAGUCUCCCCUGGUUCUGGAAAAUUAAAAACUAUAUGGAGGUUAUGGGAUAGACUAGCAGUAGAGAAUGGCUUGCUUUAUCGCAGAUUCCUCACUGACAAUCAUGAUUUAGGUCACCUCCAGUUAAUAGUCCCUACUUCACUACAAAAUCAGCAAAGAAACCUUCGAAAACAUCUAAUCGAGCCCUCUUACACCAGUAUUUGGUUGGCGAGCCCAUGGAGCGUGUGUCUGUGGACAUUUUGGGCUGUUACUGAAAAAGGAAACAGAUAUAUACUUGUUAUAUGUGACUGCUUCAGCAAAUGGACAGAAGCAUUUGCCAUACCUGAUCAGGAGUCUCAGACCAUAACCAAAGUUCUAGUAAAUGAAUUUAUAUGUAGAUAUGGAACUCCUCUUCAACUUCACUCAGACCAAGGUCGCUCAUUUGAAGCAAAAUUAUUCAAAGAUAUGCUUACCAUGUUUAGAAUACAGAAAACCCGCACUACAAGUCAACGACCUCAAGCCAAUGGUACAGUUGAACGGUUCAAUAGAACUCUCAUAAACAUGUUAACUAUGUACCGCCUGAAAGACCAAAGGCACUGGAAUGAGGUUUUACCACAGGUUAUGAUGGCCUACAGAGCUGCUGUCCACUCUAGUAUUGGCGUUUCCCCUAACAAAAUGGUAUUUGGGAGAAACAUAGUCAUGCCCUUGGAAGCUGUUAUUCCAAGACCCAAGGAAACAGAUGACAGUGACACUCCAGACACAGAUGCAUAUGUAUUAAAAUUACAAGAAAAUUUAGUUAGGGUGCAUGAAAUAGCUAGAAAGUAUUUAAGACAAAAUUCAGUUUACCAGAAAAAGUAUUAUGAUUCAAAAGCCGAGGUCAGAAAAUUUCAGGAGGGUCAGUCAGUGUGGUUGUACGAUUCCUCGAAGAAAGUUGGCGUCUGCAGCAAACUAAUCUGUAAAUGGAAAGGACUCUAUGUUAUUACAAAGAAAAUUGAUGAUGUCACCUGCCUGGUCAAGAGGUCAGAAAAACAGCCAGCAAAAGUUUAUCAUACAGACAGAUUGCUUCCUUACAAGGCUUUGGUGGCAUCCAAUCUUUCCCUUGAUAGAAUCCUAGAUCCUCCACUCAUCAAUCACAAUUACCUCUGCAAUCCCCAGUCCCUUGUACCCCGGCCAAAUUCCUUGAUGAGCCUAAGAAAGCCAAGAUAA